ACGGAGUGGUGUGUAGUAAUCUGCCAUUAUAUUCUCCUGUAUGAGCGAAGCUGCAAACACUCAAUCCAGAGAUAUGGCAGGUGUGUGUGCUCUCAGGAUGCUGCUGCUCUGCACUGGAAUCUUCGCUUUGACCGACACCGUCCUUCCUCUAUCAUGUUCUUACGCUGUCUCAACCAUCAAGUUUGGCUUCAAGAUAGACGUGACAAAGUCCCCCGCUGGUCUUUACCGCAUAAACAUUACCGAAGAGGCACAACCUGCGAGCCGAAGGGAAUACUACUUCCAGCACACACGUCCAAAGACAUCAUAUAAGAUGGAGCAUCUAAAGCCCUGUACUGAGUACAAGCAUGCUGUGGCACAUGUUGAUAAAACUGGUGAAGAAACGCUCUGCAAGCAUGCUGGACAGAAACCGACUGAACUCACUACUGCAGUGAAUAAAGAAGACGUUGAAGAAGGUCGCUGCGUCUCAGGACAUGCUUGUUACAGGAGUGAUUGGGACAUCGGCUCUUUGAUGUCAGCGUCCAAUAAUGUCCCAGCAAAGCAAUGCCGCAAUGACCCCAAGGUGUUCUGUAUCAAACCGGGUAUCAACGACUUUUGCACAACCUUGACUACGACCUUCACUUCAACAAACUGUCCAAAAUCUUCCUUCAGUGUCAAAAAAAGCUUCUCUGUUGAUUACCUAAAUGGAAAAGAAAUCAAACAGAAAAUCCCGACUGAACUUGUUGCAAAAAUAGAACCAAGUUUACCUCCAAGCUGUGAUGAUCUCACCAUCAAUUACGUCUGUCACGAAAAUGGAAAAUUCAACCCCAUGCCCCCGAUGGGUCUGUCUGGGCUGGAGCCAUUCACAAACUACAGCUGUACGGGUCAGGUCAACAAAAACAAUGUCACCAUAACAAACACACCUGUUAUCCAGUUCAACAUAGACUGUGAUCUUACAAUAAAAAUCACUGGCAUAGAAGUGACCGACACUUCCAUGGAGGUGACCUGGACCACAACCAGUCAGAGAUGUAAAGAUAUUUUCCUCUUUUAUCCAAAGUUUUCCUACACGUACAGCUGUGUCCCUAAUUUCAAACACAAUCACAGUCUCAUUUUUGGGAGUCCAGAAGGAGGAGCAUGUAUAGUUGAUCAACUAGAACCGUACACGGACUAUAGAUGUGAAGUUCAACCUACCUACGCUGGCAUACCUGUCAGCAGACCAACGUCAGUUUCAAAAAAGGCCAACAGGGAAAACUACAACAUUUUCCAUAUCCGUCUGGUCAUCUUCAUCCUCCUCCUCACGGGGAUGGUCACUGCUGUCGUGGUCUCCAACAUCUACGCUCGGAAGAGAAGGUCCAAAGGUGAUGUGAACGGAGAUAUGGUGCUGGAGGAAAUUGCAACUUACGAGAGUUUGCCUCAAUCUUAACGCCGCCUUAAAGAAGCGCUGAUGAAAAACCGCCUGAUGCAUCCAUCCACAUCGACAGAUUAAUUUGUCCUUCAUGUGCACGUUUACACCGCCACAUAACCUGUUUCUUGAAGUCUCUUGUAUUGAAGUAUUUUUUUCUCCUAAUAUUGAGUCGCCUUCCUGCCUGCUGUGGUGCCGUUUUCUUGUGUGAGCUCUUUUCAUUUCUUCUCUAUCCUGGUCCUGAUCCUGUGCUGCAGCUGUCCACCACUGAUUGGACAGGAGCUUACGACGUGCCUUUCAAAUUGUGGGACUCGCCUUCUACCUCAGGUUAAACAUGUUGGUAUAGUUUGUGCGAGUGUGACUUUGUGAAUGAUGGACAGUUUCUGCAGCUCUCAUCUUGUCAGGGUUAAAUCAAAGCAGCGGUAGGAUAGAGAGGCCUUCCCUUUAGUAUAUCUGUUUUCUCCUGUUGUUCAGUCAGGGAGUUCGGUACAUUUUGGUCUUUCCUUUUGUUUAAGGAGAGAAAGUUUUGUUUGUUAUUUGGGCAUUUACAUGUACUCUACCUGAAGUUUUGUUAAUCCACCUUGUGUGUUAAAAUAAAUUGAAACUUUUGAACUGCA